AAGAGAUCACCUCUAUGCAUGAUUCAUAUACAGGAGGUGAUCAAGGUGAUAAUUUUGUGGGUUCAUUUCCAAAGGGAUUUGGUUAUGGCCCAGAGGAACAUGACUCUGAUAUUGGAGCCAGUGGAGGGGAUGAAAAACCCAGAAUUUUGUUGAUGGGAUUGCGGAGAAGUGGUAAAUCAUCUAUUCAAAAAGUUGUCUUUCAUAAAGUAUCACCAAAUGAAACUCUGUUCUUAGAGAGUACGAAUAAAAUUGUCAAAGAUGAUGUGUCGAACAGUUCAUUUGUUCGUUUUCAAAUAUGGGAUCUGCCUGGACACAUAGAUUUUUUUGAUCCAACUUUUGAUUCUGAAAAUAUAUUUGGAGGGUGUGGUGCUUUAAUAUUUGUGAUUGAUGCACAGGAUGAUUAUAUGGAAGCAUUAGUCCGAUUACACAGUACAGUGGAACGAGCUCAUAAAAUAAACCCUAAUAUAAAAUUUGAAAUAUUUAUACAUAAAGUUGAUGGUUUAUUAGAUGACCACAAAAUAGAGACACAGAGAGACAUACAUCAAAGAGCAUGUGAUGAUUUAGAAGACGCUGGAUUGGAAAAAGUUAGUUUAAGUUUUCAUCUUACAAGUAUUUAUGAUCACUCGAUAUUUGAAGCGUUUAGUAAAGUUGUACAGAAAUUAAUUCCCCAAUUACCAAUAUUAGAAAAUCUGUUAAAUAUUCUCAUUUCUAAUUCUGGUAUAGAGAAGGCAUUUUUAUUUGAUGUUGUUAGUAAGAUAUAUAUAGCUACAGACAGUUCACCAGUAGAUAUGCAGUGUUAUGAAUUGUGUUGUGAUAUGAUAGAUGUCGUUAUAGAUAUAUCCUGUAUUUACGGUGUUGAUGAUGUUAUACUAUCUAGGAUUCGCGAUGACGGAGCGUUUGACAGUCAGUCAGCAGCCAUUAUCAAGUUAAACACGAAUACCGUUUUGUAUUUACGUGAGGUUAAUAAAUAUCUGGCAUUAGUUUGUAUUUUACGUGAAGAUAACUAUGAGAAACAAGGUUUAAUUGAUUAUAACUUUCAGUGUUUUCGAAAAUCCAUACAAGAAGUUUUUGAAGUUCAACAAAAUUCAGCAGCAGGAAAUUCUAACGAUGUGUUAAUGUCCAAUGGGAUCAUAGAUAAGUCUCGUUUAACCAAAACAUAGUGAUGAUCACCAUAUUGACUACCACUGUAAUGACAAUCAGUGAAAAUAUCAAGACUAAAAAUCCAAGGGCAAUAACUCUACAAGAGCAAGCUUUCAGUGUUAUUGUGUUUUCAAGAGCACUGGAAGAAGUGUUUGUUGAAAAUUGUGUAAAGUGCCAAUGGAAAGAUUAUAGACUAUGAAAAGAUAAUUGAACGUUAAAACAACCUUGAAAUGACGUUCGUUUGUUAUAUAGGCUGAAAAUAAGUACCUGUCAUCAACACACCCUCAUGGAAUAAUGACCUCUUCUGUUGUCAGGAUUCAAAUUCCUGUCAGUUUGUGCAAAAUCUGGUUUUGAAGUCAAACCAAUGAAAGUUUGAGCUUUGAGAGAGUUGAUUGAAGCCAGUGCAAUCAACAAUUAACAGAAAACAAAAUCAUGUAGCUGUUGGUUUUCUUUUCAGUUUAGCUAUUUGUUUAUUCUUUAUCCUUUACUUAAACAAGAUUGCAUUGACCAAUCUUAUUGCAGUGUAGUGCCUGCCAAUUUUGUCAAAUUCAAAAUGGCGACUUCAGUGGAAGUUACUUGGUCCCCUCAAUCUAAGGAGAUUCUUAUUGAUAUGAUCUAAAGGACUUUACUUAAAUAAAAGUGAAUGAACUAGGGCAAUUUACUUAAAUCUCCUUUACAUCACCAUUUUGAAAUUAUGUGUGCACCCAGCCUUAUUAAUAAUGAUUAAUUAUACAGAAAACAUGGGAGUCGCCAUUUUUAAUGUCACAUGACACAGACGCUUUCAAAUAUUGUUAAUCCAACAAUGUUUAUUUUUUAUCUAAAUAGUUGUUUACUGUUUUUUUAUCACCGCACCUUGAUGCAAAAAGCAGCAGCUGCACAAUUUUGUUUUCCAUUUGAAGUGACGUGCGUCUGGGUUUGUUCAGGUGGUUCAAUCUUUUGACAUGCUAAAUCUAUUUGUUAAGGCCAGCUCAAUUUUUGUUAAGGCCCCUGAGAUAUAAAUAAAAUUAGGGCAUGUGAUUGUUGGUGAGAUUCUAGGUUAAGAUUAGUGUAAGCAUUGGGGUUAGGUCCAGGGUUAGGGUUAGGGUUGGGAUUACUGCUAGCCCUGUUUACAUCUCGUGACCUAUAAAAAAAAUUGAGCUGGCCAUAUCAUUUAGCACUAACCUUUUUGACAUGCUUAUAUAUCAGUCCUUUGGUUAUCCAAGUUUUAUGAAGCACUAUUUUGAUAAUGAUUAUUAUUAUUAGGCUAUUAUAUCGAAAAACCUUUUGCACGGUCAAAUAUUUUUCCUUUGUAUAAAUAUAUAUUUCUUAUUUAUAUAUACAAGUAACAUACCCAGUUUAUUUGAUAUACAAUGACCUUUCACCUCCAAAUUCAUAUAUAUAUAUUUUUAUGGAAAUCUCACAAAAUAUUUCAAAUUAUGUAAAACAGUAGAACAAAAAAUUAGCUAUGUGGACUCCUCAAAUGAGAAGUAGUAUCAGGUUUUCUAGAGAGAGUAAGGAUACCCUGCCUCAUGCAUGAGAGUGCUUACACCUAAAUAAAAGUUGUAUCAGGUGUUCCAGUAAGAGUAAACAUACCAUACCUAACGCACAAUACACGUUAGAACCACCAACAUUUACACUAAGGGUGGUAUCAGGUGCUCUAGUGCUGAUAUCAAGUAUCGAUGCACCGCCGAUGCAUCGAUUCUCUGUCGUUUUUUGUAUUAUCGAUGCAUCGGCAAAAAAUACUAAUAAUUAGCUUUAUGUGUCCGAGGAGUUCACAAGUUCGUCCACUAGAAUAAAAAACACCUUUUCAAUA